AUGUCGACCUCCGAGCUCGCCUGCACCUACGCGGCCCUCAUCCUGCACGACGAUGGCCUGGACAUCACGGCUGAUGCCAUCACCAGCAUCGUGAAGGCCGCCGGCAUCGAGGUGGAGCCCUACUGGCCCGCUCUGUUUGCCAAGCUGUUUGCCAACAAGUCCAUUGGCGACCUGAUCACCAACGUCGGUGCUGGUGGCGGCGCCCCUGCCGCCGCCGCGCCCGCCGCUGGCGGCGCUGCCCCCGAGGCCAAGAAGGCGGAGGCCAAGAAGGAGGAGCCCUCCGAGGAGGACGAGGACAUGGGUUUCUCCCUGUUCGACUAA